CUCCUAGAGAAAUAGCCGAAGUUAUGGAGAACGGACUUUCAAAAAAACUAAAUGGAAUAUUCAGAGUUGAAUAUUGUGGGUUAGUUCAUGAUUCGGAAAUAUUUACAAUACACUGCACGGUGCCUAAAAGCAAUAUUAAAGAUGAUGUUGAAACGAAGGUAUCCUACACCUUGUAUAAUUUACAAGAAUUGAAAGACAAAGGAGUUUCGGAAAAUAUGGAAAUAUUAAUUCGUGAAAACAUUUGCGGUGAAGAUACAACAUCAAAUAACGGUGAAACUUUUAAGUGGCCGCUAACAAAAGUAGGAACUACUGCAACGUUGACAUGUCGUGCGAAUAUCGCCACAAGAAACUGUUCUCCCAGAACGACCGCACUUAGUCAAAAUAUGACAUCUCUAAAGUGUUCACAAGUUUCAGGUGUCUGGCAAAAACCAGACAUGUCUAAAUGUAACGAUACAAAGUGGAUCUCUCGGAAACUGGAAGAUCUGAAGAAUCAAGAUAUCAAUGAACGAAAUAUUGAGAAAACUGUGAAAGAAUUUGUGAAUGUUUCGCAGACAUCAGAGUAUUUCAAAAAAGAAGCCAUUGGCUUGAGUAUAAGCAUUCUAGAGAAACUGAUGCCAUUGAUAUCGAGAGUACCCGCUGAUAUAACCCUGGACCAAAUUUCUGCGAGUAUCAACAAUUUAAUGAACGCACCUGAAGGCGUUUGGGCUGGGGCAGAACAAGCUGAUGGAUCUACCAGCAGAAUGCUGAAAAUUAUAGAAGCAAUCCCAGAAAUGAUUCCAUUGAAAGAGCAACAAGUCACAGUUUCAUAUCCCAAUUUUGGUUUUGGUGUUAGCAAAGUGGACAAGGACACUUUCAAUGGCCUUUCCUUUAGAAUUUUAUAUGGAAAUAAUGAAACAAAAACUACGGUACAUAACUCCUCAUACGAGGGUCACCAUGAGCAAGAUAUCAAAAAGUUUAACUACAUUUCAUUACCAAAGAGUCUUUUAAACCAACUGAGCAACGACGAACGACUAAACGUUUCAAGGAUUACAUUUUCUUCUAUGCGAGAUGAUAUGCUAUAUAGGGCAAUAUUAAACUCUAGUAGCAAACCAAAAACGAAAAUUAACAGUCAUAUUAUUGCUGCAAGUAUUCCUAAUAUCCCAGUAACCGACCUUGAUGAACCAGUUACCAUAUCAUUCAUAUUAUUAGAUCAGAAUACUUAUAACGCACGGUGUGUUUAUUGGGAUGAAACACCUGGAGGGGAUACCCAAUGGUCAACAACAGGCUGUAAUAUAUCCUACGAUGACCCUGGAAAGAGAGUAUUGUGUUCUUGUAACCAUCUUACAAAUUUUGCUUUACUAAUGGACGUCUCCCAGAAGGAAGGAAAUAUAAAGAAUACUCAACCCUUAUCUAUAAUAUCUAACAUUGGAUGUGGAAUAUCAUUAGUUUGUCUCAUUCUUACAAUAAUAAUUCAUGUUUUUUUUAAAAAUCUAUGGAAAUCAUUGGCUUCAAAGAUUUUAGUAAGCUUGUGCAGUUCUUUGGCAAUCACAAACUUUAUCUUUGUUGCUGGGAUGCAAGCGCAUGCUGUAAAACCAAUAGCUAAUUGUAAGACAGUGGCUGCUAUGUUACACUACUUCCUUCUGGCGUCUUUCAUGUGGAUGACUAUAGAAGCAAUUAAUGUUCUCUUAAGUGUGGUUAUUACAUUCAAAACGUAUCAGACAUCUUUCAUGAUGAGAACUUCAAUUUUGGCAUGGGGUCUUCCAGCUAUCAUUGUUAUACUUACUUUGUCAAUCAAUUCCACAAACAAUUAUACGAGAAUUGCAGAAGUCUGUUGGUUAUCCAACACACCUUUCUAUGUUGCUUUCUUGACUCCCGUGGUUAUCAUUCUUACUUUAAACCUUGGCAUAUUCCUUUACGUUAUCUGGCGAGUUGUCACGAUGCAAAAAUUCAGCAAUGUUAUGCACAAAACAAGAAAGGUACGCUUUUGGGGCGCCGUUGGUCUUUGCAUCCUUCUGGGUUUUACCUGGAUCAUAGCAUUCUUUUCUUUUGGUAAAGCGGCGGAAGCAUUUCAAUAUCUCUUUGCUAUCUUCAAUACGCUUCAAGGAACGUUUAUCUUCAUAUUCUACUGUAUAUACAAGAAAGAUACCAGAGAUAUCAUUCACCAGUUUAUACGUGAUCAAAAGGAAAAAUUUGACAAGAAGAGAGAGAAUACAUAUGAUAAAAUGAAAACAGAAGGUGGAACAGCAGAAACGGAGAUACAGAAUUAAAAUCAAGGAAUUGUCUGCAAAUCGUCUUUGAUCAUAUUUUUUGUUAUAAAUCUAAAAUUUCUUUUUAUAUUAUAUCCAACAUACUUCCAUAUAAGGAAACUUUAUUUUUACUUAUCAACACAAAACUAUGCAAGCAUGAAUCCAUUUAAUCCGCAAUGUAAUUAAAACGAAAUUCAGUGCCUUAUAAGUUUACUGGAAAACAGAAAACCUGGGAAGCUUUUAUUUUUAUUUUAUAUCUGUUGUUGUUGGCACCCCAUCGCUUACGACGUCGAGGGUUCGAAGCAGUGAUGAAAAAGUUGUGAUUCUUUCAUCACUCUUUCUUCCUGUUUCUGUUGUGCCUGUAAUUCAAAGGGUCAGCCUUGUCACACUGUGUCACGCUGAAUAUCCCCGAGAACUACGUUAAGGGUACACGUGUCUGUGGAGUGCUCAGCCACUUGCACGUUAAUUUCACGAGCAGGCUGUUCCGUUGAUCGGAUCAACUGGAACCCUCGACGUCGUAAGCGACGGAGUGCCAACACACACGUGUUGGAGGUCUUCAACGGAUAAUUGAGGAUUAGGCUGAUCCUUUACAUCGCUGCAAAUACGUAUGGUUGCGUUGGUUCUUCAUCCAUCUCCGAGUUGGUAUAGAGCUGCUGAAACAGCUAUUAGGAAAAUCGCGCUGGUUUGAGUAUGAAGCUGUAAAAAAGCCAUGAGAGAGGAAUUCAGCGGGGGACCUUUACAAUGAUGGGAUGUAUGCCGAACUGAAGCAUUGACAUGAAACAGGUUAGAAAUGUAGUGAAAAACAUUAUUCUAUCAAAAUUGUUAACGUGUUUUGCAUGUUAUUAUCUAUAUAUAUAAAAAUGAGAAUGUGUGUCUGUCUGUGUGAAUCCCUAAAACUCGAGAACUACGCAACCAAUUUCAUUCAAAUUUUACACAUGCCUUACUUAGGGUUCCAGUUGUGUUUUAGUCAAAAAAAAUUAUUAACUUCUUGCAGAGUUCGAGCACACGGCAACAUAAUAUCUCCUCCACUAUUUAAGUAUUACGUGUCAAAAGUGAAACAAAAACACUCAUGUCAAAUACUUUCACUUUAAAAAUGAAACUAUUCCACUAACUGAAACAAUCACAUUUCGAUACUGUAGUGACAGAUACUUUCACAGAGAGAGAAAG